AGGCCGCGAGCUCGUGCGGCCCGGGCUGAGGUGAGCGCGCGGCUGGCGGCGCGCGCGGAGGCGACCCGGACUCCCCGCUUCUGCGGCGGGCCCUGAAGCAUGGCUGCCAUGUUGGGAGAUGCCAUCAUGGUGGCCAGAGGUCUGGCCAGGCUGACGCAGGCCUCUGUGGAGACUCACCUGCAGCACCUGGGUCUUGGUGGGGAGCUCAUCACGGCCGCCAGGGCCCUGCAGUCCACCGCUGCAGCGCAGGUCAGCGCGGUCUUCGGGCGGGGGCAGGGGCAGCACGCGCGUGACGAGGCUUUCGCCCCAGAGGGCUUCGAUGACCCGGAAGCAGAGCUGCCGUUCUCAGGGCCACAGGCAGCUGGAGCCGCCGCAGACGUCCCUGCAGCCGCUGCCCAGGACCAGGCACCGCAGCCACCCCUGGCUCAUGCCCGGAGCCAGGGCCCGGCCCCUGCCUAUGCUACUGAUGGACCAUUUUGGGCUGACCGGGCUGCCUCCCCCCAGAGCGGGGUCAGCGCGAGGAUGUUCUCAGACCCCAGAGACUUUUCCCUCGCCACUGGUGUCCAGCGACGGUUCUUCCACCAGGACCAGUCUCCUGUGGGGGGCCUCACGGCCGAGGACAUUGAGAAGGCCCGGCAGGCCAAGGCUCACCCUGGGAGCAAGCCACACAAGCAGGUGCUCAGUGAGCGGGCUCGGGAGCGGAAGGUGCCAGUUACACGGAUUGGGCGGCUGGCCAACUUUGGAGGUCUGGCUGUGGGGCUGGGCUUCGGGGCCCUGGCUGAGGUUGCCAAGAAGAGUCUGCGCCCAGAGGCCUCUGCAGGAAAGAAGGCUGUGCUGGACUCCAGCCCCUUCCUCUCGGAGGCCAACGCGGAACGCAUCGUGAGCACGCUGUGCAAGGUGCGCGGGGCGGCGCUGAAGCUGGGUCAGAUGCUGAGCAUCCAGGACGAUGCCUUCAUCAACCCUCACCUGGCCAAGAUCUUCGAGCGUGUGCGGCAGAGCGCCGACUUCAUGCCGCUGAAGCAGAUGACGAAGACGCUCAACACGGACCUGGGCCCGCACUGGAGGGAGCGGCUGGAGUACUUCGAGGAGCGGCCCUUUGCAGCCGCCUCCAUCGGCCAGGUGCACCUGGCCCGCCUGAAGGGCGGCCGGGAGGUGGCCAUGAAGAUCCAGUAUCCUGGUGUAGCCCAGAGCAUCAACAGUGACGUCAACAACCUCAUGGCCGUGCUGAACAUGAGCAACAUACUCCCGGAAGGCCUGUUCCCUGAGCACCUGAUUGACGUGAUGAGGCGGGAACUGACCCUUGAGUGCGACUACCAGCGGGAAGCGGCCUGUGCCAAGAAGUUCAGGGAGCUGCUGAAGGACCACCCCUUCUUCUACGUGCCUGAGAUCGUGGACGAGCUCUGCAGCCCCCACGUGCUCACCACGGAGCUGGUGUCGGGCUUCCCCCUGGACCAGGCGGAAGGGCUGAGCCAGGAGACUCGCAAUGAGAUCUGCUACAACAUCCUGGUUCUGUGUCUGAGGGAGCUGUUCGAGUUCCACAUUAUGCAGACAGACCCCAACUGGUCCAACUUCUUCUACGACCCUCAGCAGCACAAGGUGGCUCUUCUGGACUUCGGGGCCACACGGGAGUACGACAGGUCCUUCACCGACCUCUACAUCCAGAUUAUCCGGGCUGCUGCGGACAGAGACAGGGAGACGGUGCUGAAGAAGUCCAUAGAGAUGAAGUUCCUCACAGGCUACGAGGUCAAGGCCAUGGAGGACGCCCAUCUGGAUGCCAUCCUCAUCCUGGGAGAGGCCUUCGCCUCCGACCAGCCCUUCGACUUUGGCACCCAGAGCACCACCGAGAAGAUCCACGGCCUGAUCCCCAUCAUGCUCAAGCACCGGCUCGUGCCCCCGCCCGAGGAGACCUACUCGCUGCACCGCAAGAUGGGCGGCUCCUUCCUCAUCUGCUCCAAGCUCAAGGCGCGCUUCCCCUGCAAGGCCAUGUUCGAGGAGGCCUACAGCAACUACUGCGGGCACCAGGCAGCCCCGCAGCGCGGCCCACCUGCCCUGGCAACUCUGCCGGCGGGUGGCUGCCGGCGGGGCGGUGCGGGGAAGAGGCCGGGGGAGGCCACGCGGCUCUGAGGUGGAAGGCGGGCCCGGGCUGCUCGCCAGUGCCUGUGGCCAACAAGACCAGAGACAAGAAGCAAAUGCAGGGGAGCCAUGUUGGCUUUUGUCAGCCACGCAGUGGGAGGCUGGCGCUUCUGGUGCGGUUUCCGAGUCUGCCUUCUGCCACUCUGCUCUAGGUCGGCACGGGGCCUGGCGCCAGCAGCCGCUGGGGGCCCCAGCAGGCCAGUGCAGCGUCUGUGCGAGUCUUGUGCUCAUUUAUUGGUUGCCUAUCAAUAAAAAUACUACGAAAA